AUGAAAUUUUGAAAUUGUAGGAUCGGAUUGAAGGAAUCGAAAUUCAAGCAAAUCAAUUUUUGAUGCAAGGCCAUUUUGAUUCGGAAGCAAUUAAAAACAAAUGCGAUAAAUUAGUCGAGCGAUACAGUGCUUUAAAACAACCAAUUGCAAAUCGAAGAAAGAAACUAAACGGUGCUUUAAAAUUACGUCAAUUAUAUCAAGAUAUGGAAGACGAGGAAGCGUGGAUAUUGGAAAAAGAGCCAGUUGCUGCUUCAACAAAUAGAGGAAGAGAUUUAUUUGGAGUGCAGAAUUUAAUCAAAAAACAUCAAGCUGUAUUAGCCGAAAUAAUUAAUCAUGAAAAUCGCGUUCGUAUGGUAUGCCAGACUGGCAAAGAAAUGAUUUCGGAAGGUCAUUUUGCUUCUGAAGAAAUUGAAAAGAAAGUUCAGAAAUUCAUUGAAACUUGGAAUCAAUUUAAAGACAAAGCUCUUCAAAGAAAGCAAGAUUUAGAAGAUUCGCUUCAAGCACAUCAAUAUUUUGUAGAUGCAAAUGAAGCAGAAUCUUGGAUGAAAGAAAAAGAACCAUUAGUAACUAGUCAAGAAUUUGGUAAAGAUGAAGAUUCAACUGAAAGUUUAUUGAAGAAACACGAAGCUCUUAUGGCUGAUUUAGAAGCUUUUGGUAAUACAGUAGUGGCAUUAGAUUCUCAAGCAAAGUCUUGUAGGCAACAAAUCACCCCAAUAGUUGAUGACUCAGGUAAAGAAUUUGUUAUUGCUCUAUAUGACUACAUAGAGAAAAGACCCAGAGAAGUAUCAAUGAAAAAAGAUGAUGUUCUUACACUUUUAAACAGUAAUCAUAAAGAUUGGUGGAAAGUAGAAAUAAAUGACAGGCAAGGUUUCGUGCCUUCGGCUUAUGUCAAAAAACUUGAAGCGGGUGUAUCUGAAAGUCAACAAAGUCUUACAGAUUCUAAUAGUAUUUCGGCACGACAAGCUCAAAUUGCCACACAAUACAACAAUCUAAUGGAGAAAGGAAAGGAAAGAAAGAAAAAAUUGGAAGAUGGAGCUAAAGGAUAUCAAUUAGUUCGAGAAGCUGCGGAAUUAGCUCAGUGGUUGAAGGAUAAAGAACAAGUUGCUCAGAUCAAAGAUGUUGGAGAAGAUCUUGAACAUGUUGAAGUACUGCAGAAAAAGUUUGAUGAUUUCAAUUCCGAAUUAAAGGCAAACGAAGUUAGACUUGCCGAAAUGAAUGAAAUUGCAACACAGCUGUGUAGUUUGGGACAACCCGAAGCAGCAGUUAAGAUUCAAGCACAAGUAGAAGAUCUGAACACAAGAUGGCAGAAUCUUAAUGAUGUAACUGCAGAGAGAGCAAUGCAGCUUAGCACAGCUCAUGAGGUUCAGCGUUUUCACAGAGAUGUUGAUGAGACAAAAGAUUGGAUACACGAAAAAGACGAAGCUUUGAAUAAUAAUGAUUGCGGUCAUGAUUUGCAAAGCGUAAAAACAUUACAAAGAAAACACGAAGGUUUGGAAAGGGAUCUUGCAGCUUUAGCUGACAGAAUAAGGCAAUUGGAUGAAACUGCUAGUCGAUUAAUGCAAACUCAUCCCGAUUCAGCCGAUACAAUUUAUGGUAAACAAAAGGAAAUAAAUGAAGAAUGGUCCCAAUUGAUUGCUAAAGCCACAGCUAGAAAAGAAAAAUUAAUGGAUUCUUAUGAUUUGCAGAAAUUCUUAUCAGACUUCAGAGAUUUAACAACGUGGAUAAUAAAUAUGAAAGCUUUGGUAUCAUCAGAAGAACUUGCUAAUGAUGUAACAGGAGCAGAAGCCUUAUUAGAAAGACAUCAGACUUACCGUUCAGAAAUUGAUGCUCACUACGGCAUUCCUCAAGAAAAUCGUGCAGAUGUUGAUGCAAGAUCUGGAACAUUCCAAGCAUUUGAAAUGUUCGGACAGCAUUUAUUACAGAGUGGUCAUUAUGCAAGUAUAGAAGUACAGGAAAAGCUUGAAAAAAUGAAUGAGAGUAGACAAGAAUUAGAGAAGGCUUGGAUUGCUCGUAGAGUCAAACUCGAUCAGUGUUUAGAAUUGCAGUUUUUCUACCGCGAUUGCGAACAAGCCGAAAACUGGAUGGGUAAUAGGGAAGCAUUUUUGAGUUCGGAUGAAACGGAUGUUGAAACACUAAUUAAAAAACAUGAAGAUUUUGACAAAGCUAUUAAUGCGCAAGAGGAAAAGAUUGCUACAUUAGUAUCAAUGGCUGAUCAAUUAAUAUGCUCUGAUCACUAUUCCACAGAUGAUAUCAAUGAUAAAAAACAACAAGUUUUAGACAGAUGGAAACAUUUAAAGCAAGGUUUAAUUGAGAAACGUUCAAAACUCGGAGAAUCUCAAACUCUGCAGCAUUUCAGCAGAGAUGCCGAUGAAAUUGAAAACUGGAUUGCAGAUAAAUUACAAAUGGCAAUUGAUGAAUCUUAUAAAGAUCCAGCAAAUAUUCAGAGUAAACAUCAGAAACAACAAGCUUUCGAAGCUGAAUUAGCUGCCAAUGCCGAAAGAAUACAAUCCGUAUUAGCAGCGGGACAAAAUCUAAUUGAUAAAAAGCAAUGUGCCGAUUCUGAAGAUGCCGUACAAGCAAGAUUAAAAAGUAUAACGGAACAAUGGGUGUAUCUUACCACAAAAACAACCGAGAAGAGUAUAAAAUUAAAAGAAGCAAACAAACAAAGAUCUUUUAAUGCUGCUGUAAAAGAUAUUGACUUUUGGCUGGGAGAGGUUGAAUCUCUAUUGAAAUCUGAAGAAGCCGGAAAGGAUUUGACUUCAGUUCAGAAUUUAAUUAAAAAACAUCAGAUGGUCGAAGCCGACAUAACUACUCAUGAGGAUCACAUUCGCGAUAUGAAUAAUUUAGCACAAAGUUUGGUCGAUUCUGGUCAGUUUGAUGCUCCGUCCAUUCAAGAAAAAUGCAAUAAUAUAAACGAACGCUUUGAAAGAAUUAAAACUCUAGCUGCCUACAGAAGAGCGCAUUUGAAUGAUGCAAAUACUCUACAUCAAUUUUUCCGUGAUAUCGCGGACGAAGAAACCUGGAUUAAAGAGAAGAAAUUAUUAGUGAGUUCUGAUGAUUACGGUCGAGAAUUGAUGGGAGUACAAAAUUUACUCAAGAAACAUUUACGUAUUGAAACAGAAUUGGGAUCCCACGAACCAAUUAUUCAGGCCGUUCAAGAAACAGGACAACAACUGAUGGCCGAAUCAAAAUUGGGAAUACCUGAAAUAGAACAAAGAUUAGAAGCUCUCAUGAAUUCUUGGAGAGAAUUGAAAAAGAUUGCAUCCGAUCGUGGAAAUAAAUUAGAGGAAUCUUUACUCUACCAUCAAUUUUUGGCUAAGGUAGAGGAAGAAGAUGCCUGGAUUUCAGAAAAACAACAUUUAUUAUCUAUAGAAGAUUAUGGAAGUACUAUGGCAGCAGUACAGGGUUUGUUAAAGAAGCAUAUAGCAUUUGAAAGCGAUUUUGCCGUUCAUAAAGAAAGGUGUGCAGGUAUCACUUCUGCUGGGGAACAACUAAUUGCUGCAGGAAAUCAUCAUUCAAAAGUAAUUUCUCAAAGGUUGCAACAACUUCAAGACAGAAUGAAUAAUAUUGAAGAAAGCGCCAUUAUCCGUAAAGGGAAACUGUUGGAUAAUUCCGCUUAUUUACAGUUUAUGUGGAAAGCAGAUGUUGUUGAAAGUUGGAUAGCUGAUAAAGAAAACUGUGUUAAUUCUGAAGAUUUUGGUCGAGAUUUAAGUUCUGUCCAAACUCUUCUAACGAAGCAGGAUAGUUUCGAUGCUGGAUUAAUGGCAUUCGAGCAAGAAGGAAUACAGGCAAUUGUACAGUUGAAAGAGCAAUUAGUAGCUGCAAAUCAUAAACAAACACCAGCAAUUAUAAAGAAACUCGAUGAUGUUAUGGAAAGAUGGAAAAAAUUAUUAGCUGCAUCCGAAGUACGGAAACAAAAAUUACUUCAUAUGUUGAGUCAGUUUAAACAUAUUGAAGAACUCUUCUUAGCUUUUGCCAAAAAAGCAUCUACAUUUAAUAGUUGGUUUGAGAAUGCAGAAGAAGAUCUAACUGAUCCUGUAAGAUGUAAUUCAGUAGAAGAAAUAAAGGCACUUCGUAAAGCACACGCUCUUUUCCAAUCAUCGUUAACUACCGCUCAAGGAGAUAUUCAAGCCUUGGCUGCUUUAGAUAAACAAAUAAAAAGCUUUAGUGUUGGAGCUAAUCCAUAUACAUGGUUUACAAUGGAGGCAUUAGAAGAAACAUGGCAUAAUUUACAAAAGAUAAUUCAGGAGAGAGAUGCUGAAUUGUUAAAAGAAUCACAAAGACAGGAAGAAAAUGACAGAUUAAGAAGAGAAUUUGCUAAACAUGCUAAUAUUUUUCAUCAAUGGCUUUCUGCUACAAGAAUGUGGCUUUUAGAUGGUUCGGCUAUGCUGGAAGGAUCCGGAUCUCUAGAAGUGCAAUUGGAGGCUACUAAAAGGAAGUUAAUUGAAGUGAAAGCAAAGAAAGCUGACCUGAAAAAGAUUGAAGAAUUGGGAGCCAUUCUAGAAGAACAUUUGAUUUUAGAUAAUCGUUACACCGAACAUAGCACGGUUGGAUUAGCCCAGCAAUGGGACCAACUUGAUCAGUUGGGGAUGAGGAUGCAACAUAAUUUAGAACAACAAAUACAAGCUCGUAAUCAAAGUGGUGUUUCUGAAGAUGCACUGAGGGAAUUCAGUAUGAUGUUCAAACAUUUCGAUAGGAACAGAACCGGCCGACUCAACCAUUUCGAAUUUAAGAGCUGCCUUCGAGCUCUGGGAUACGAUUUACCAAUGGUAGAGGAAGGGCAAUACGAACCCGAAUUCGAAUCGAUUCUAAACGUAGUCGACCCACAUAGAGAUGGGUACGUCUCUCUACAAGAAUACAUGGCAUUUAUGAUAUCGAGAGAAACAGAAAACGUACGUUCCAGCGAAGACGUGCAACAAGCUUUUAAAUCCAUAACUACGGAUCGCCCAUAUAUCACUGCCGAAGAAUUAUAUGCCAAUCUCAGGAAGGAAGCUGCAGAUUAUUGUUUGGCACACAUGAAAGCUUACAUAGAUCCCAAGACGGGUUAUCCAAUUUCUGGUGCUUACGAUUAUACAGAAUUUAUACAAUUAUUAUUUCAAAAGUAAACGUUAUUUUUUUUUCUAUAUUUUAAAAAUAAUUUAAUAUUUAU